GCUAGGAGCGUUACAAUCCCGUUAUACUCGGGUAGAGCGAGGCGCCUCGAAUAGCGGUUUGAGGAAUGAGGCGGAAAAGGCGAGGAGAACAUGUACACAGGACUUCUCUAAACGCAAAUGCUUUGAUAUGGAAGAUGUGUUUGUUGCUGAGAUGGUGGAUUCCUGUACUAUUCCUGACAGAUCUCCCAUCAAGCUCAGCCAUCCAGGUCUCCUCUCGUGAAGACAAGAAGUAUGCCACGCUGUUCCAGUCGGUGGUCCUGCCGUGUCAAUACUCCAGCAUGUCCACCCAGACGCCUGUGGUCCAAUGGUGGUACAAGUCUUACUGCCGCGACCGCACCCGCGACGCCUUCAGCUUCCCGGAGGGCCUGGGGGUAAGGGGCUCCUCGUCCCAUCUAGACUGCUCCGAUUCUAGCCGCACCGUCCGCGUGGUGGCCUCCGUCACCGGAUCCUCCAUCACCCUGGCCGAGCACUACAAGGGCAGAGAUAUUACUAUCAUCAACAAGGCUGACCUGCGUAUCGGGAGCUCCAGUGGGGAGACAGUGGGGUUUACCUGUUCAUCUACCACCCUGCCUCUGACCUACUGUCAGGUUGAUCUCUCCCAGUCAUCUACCACCCUGCCUCUGACCUACUGCCAGGUUGAUCUCUCCCAGUCUGUCAUCUACCACCCUGCCUCUGACCUACUGCCAG